AUGUUAAAGGAUCAAGAAGGGAAUAUCCUUACCAACAAUGACCAAAUAGAUAAAGAAGUGGUGAGAUUCUAUAAGGGAUUGGUGGGAACAACUGCAACAUCUCUCAAGAAAAUUGAUAUCCUAGCAAUGAGAGAGGUAAGCCAACUGAGUAUUGAGCAGCGUAUCUUGCUUAUAGGAAAUGUAUUAGAAAAGGAGGUCCACCAGGUCCUAAUGAAGAUCAGUGAUAUCACUGCACCUGGUGAGGAUAGAUAUGGGGCCAAGUUUUUCAAGGUUACUUGGCAUAUCAUAAAACAAGAUAUAAUAGAUGUUGUUCAGGAAUUCUUCAUGAAGGAGAGAAUGUACAGAGAAGUCAAUAUAACUUUGAUUACAAUGAUCCCUAAACAUGAUGCAGCUAAUAUGGUGAAAGACUAUAGGCCUAUAUCUUGUUGCUAA